AUGGGUGAUUCAUCCAAACCAGGAACCCUCUCGAAAUUGGGUAAGAUAUUUGGCAAAUCACAAACAAAUUUAUCAACCAUAAAGCAACAACAGCAACAACAACAACAACAGCAACAACAGCAACAAGUAGAAAGACAAAAAGAAGCUAAUGGAAGCCGACUGAGACAACUGACCUUACUGUCUCCACCACCGUUGCCACCAUCAUCUUCACAAGUACUAAAACAAGCUGAAAGACCACAAACUAAACUGCUGCUGCCCUCGCCAGUCACAUCCACCAGAAGCAACGUACCGACAGAAGUUUUGUCUUCAAGACCACCAACACCAAUAAAAGAAGAAGAACCAAAGCAACUGCAACUGCAACUGCAACUGCAACUGCUGCAACUGCUGCAACUGCUGCAGCAAGCUUUACAAAAUGAUGAGGAUUAUAUCCUUUCGCAGAUUGAAAACGACGAGGUAACACCCUUGAGAAAUAUUAAGCAACCACAACCUUUGCAACCACCACCAACGCUAGCACAGACACCAGCAACACCAGCCUUACCACCAUCAGCUUCUUCUCCUUCUCCAUCAUCAUCAUCAUCCUCUUCUUCUUCUUUGCCUCGCGUCCUCAAUGGCAAUGAACUCUCAUCAACAAACUCAUCUCCUAAAUUGGCAAGUGCUAGAUCUGCAUCUCCGAUAAACCACAAUGGCGCCAAUAACGUACCCAACACACUAUCUGCUACCACAUCACCCACACUGAUGGCAUCCUUAGACCAACGUUUGAAACGUCAAGGCUCAACCAACAGCAAUAUACCACAACCUAUAGCUCCACUCGAUACAAACAAAGUACCGACAAUCACUUCUUCUUCUUCUUCUUCUGCCUCUGGAAGAACAUCACCUGCAGUAUCAAGAUCAUCCUCAAGAAAAGUAAUAUCAACAAAACCACUACAAAAAACAACCCCAGGUCUCUUGGGCAAACACAAGAAUGAAUCAAUGACAUCAUUGGUUAGCGGAUCAGGAUCAUCUGCACAACCACAAUCACUGCAAACAUCGCUUCAGAACUUGCCCAGAUUUGUUAUGCUUGAAAAUGGCAAUCACGAACACCACCUCCGAUCAGCAAAGCGUCACGAAAAGUUGUCAAACAUGUUGAAGGACUUGUUGGGAGCCAAAAAAUUGAGAGAUGGAGCCAAGAGUGCAGUACCUGACUUGUUGCAUGGAGCAAUGCAACAAAGCACAUCACAAUUGCUGCAACAACAAUCACAACAACAACAACAACAACAGGGAACAUCUUCUCCAAGACCACCAACUCUAUUUGCCGGUUUAGUGAAUCAAGUAAAGAACCAUACCAGUCCAUACCACCAUCCAGGUACUGCAGAUACAGUCAAUAAGGAUGCUCAUGCUACUAGUACCACUACUAGUACACCAGCUACCGGACCUGAUUGUCGAUCGUUUGUCGAAAAGUAUGGAAGAUGUCAAGAAGUUAUUGGGCGAGGCUCAUUUGGUGUUGUGCGAAUAUCACACAAGAAGAUUGAUGCAUCCAAUGUCAAUGACUCAACUGCAACAGUUUCGUCAUCGGCUUCAUCUUCAGGAACACAAGAGAAACUAUACGCAGUUAAGGAAUUUAAACGCAAGCCCAAUGAAAAUGAGAAAAAGUAUAAUCGAAGAUUGACUUCGGAGUUUUGCAUCUCUUCAUCGUUGAAACAUAUAAAUAUUAUAGACACUUUGGACUUGCUCAAGGAUGCCAAGGGCGACUAUUGCGAAGUGAUGGAGUUUUGUUCUGGUGGUGAUUUAUACACAUUGAUUAUUGCACUGGGCAAAUUGGAAUAUGCCGAAGCCGACUGUUUUUUUAAGCAAUUGAUUCGUGGUGUCAACUAUAUGCACAACAUGGGUGUUGCUCAUCGAGACUUGAAGCCGGAAAACUUGUUGCUCACACAAACUGGUGUUUUGAAAAUCACGGAUUUUGGCAACUCAGAGUGUUUCAAGAUGGCUUGGGAAACAGAUAUCCAGUUUAGUGAAGGUGUAUGUGGUUCAUCGCCAUAUAUCGCACCAGAAGAAUUCAAUCAAGAAUCUUUUGAUCCGCGGUGUGUGGAUAUCUGGUCGUGUGGUGUUAUUUAUAUGGCAAUGAGAACUGGACGACAAUUGUGGAAAUUGGCUGACCCUUCCAAGGACGAAUUUUUUGAGGAAUACUUGGUCAAGAGGAAAGAUGCUAGUGGAUACGAACCAAUUGAAAACUUGAAGAGGGCAAGAUGCAGAAAUGUUAUCUACUCGAUUUUGGAUCCCAAGCCUGAAAGAAGAAUUACUGGUAAGCAGAUUUUGAAUAGUGAAUGGGGUAGAGAAAUCAAGGUUUGUGAAGCAGGUGAAGGUCACCAUUUGCUGGAAAAUGGAAGUGCAGGAUCCAGCUGA